AUGGAUGAAUGUGGCAUCAGAGGCCCCGUCAGCAGGUGGUUCAAGUGUUAUCUGGAGAAUAGGACUAUCCGCACCUCGAUAGACCGGAACCACAGGAGAAGAGGUGAGUGGGAGUCUGCUGGCGAUAAGGGAGAUUCAUCAACGCAAGCACAUUCUGCCACAGUCGAAGAGGAAUCUCAAAAUGAUGUCGUAGCUUGUUUCUCAAAAGGUGGCGUGCGUAGUCAAGUUUUGCUAGCCACUGCGUUAGUAAGAGCUGUUGGCAAAAACGGAGGUAUGUCUACUAUCAGAGCGCUGUUGGAUCAAGGCUCACAAGCGUCUUUCGUUACGGAGCGUACUGUGCAGAGUUUAGGAUUACAUAAGAAAGCAGUUGAGGGGUCAAUUACUGGCAUAGGUGGUCAUAACAAAUUAAGUUUAAAUUCGGUUGUUGAGGUCAAAAUUCAAUCUAGGAUUAAUUCGUCAUUUGAACUUGUAGUCAAAGCAUAUGUUCUCAAAUCUAUAACGUCUUUACUACCGGGUGGGGAAAUAUCAUAUUUAGAUUGGACUCAAGUUAGUGAUAUGGAACUAGCGGAUCCUGGAUAUAACAAACCAGAUAAAGUCGAUAUGUUGUUAGGGGCAGAAAUUUACAGUCAGGUUUUGCAGAAUGGGUUUAAAAGAGCACCUGAUGGUAGCACAAUAGCUCAGGCUACUUCAUUGGGAUGGAUUUUGUCAGGUACAGUAGCCUCUGCUUCUCAGCAAACAUCAAAUAUUACCGUGAUGCACGCGCAACUCGGGAAUGACGAAAUCCUGAAAAAGUUCUGGGAAAUAGACAAGGAACCACAUCGUGUCAGGAAACAGAGACUCAUCGAAGAAGAGGCUAGAUGUGAAGAAACAUUUAUGGCUACAUCUACUAACAAGGAAAAAUGCGCAGAAGUUAUGAAGGAGAGUUUGCAACUGGGACACAUGAGGGAACAAACUAAAUCAGAAGAGCAAAAUGAGCAUGCUGUGUACUUACCUCACCACGCGGUUGCACGUAAUGACAAAGACACAACCAAGGUUCGGGUUGUUUUUGAUCCUUCCUGCAAGGGAAAAAAUGGAGUAUCUCUCAAUGACGAUCUAAUUAUUGGACCUAGACUGCAACCAGAUUUGCGAAAUAUGUUAAUUAGUCGGAGAACGCACCCGUUUUUGGCAGUGCGAUCGAUGCAGCAAGUGGCGUACGAUGAUGUAGUCAAAUAUCUAAUGACUGGUUGUGACACUACAAAAGAAGGCAUGCAAAUCUAUAAUCAAUUGAACGAGUUAAUAGCAAAGGCAGGAUUCACUGUACAAAAAGGGUUAAGCAGCAGCAGUGAAGUACUGGAGAAAAUGAUCGGGAAAAAAUACUCGUUCAAGGGGCAAGAUGAAGCGGAAAAGGUAAUCAACAUAAAACAAGAUGAAAUAUUUAAAAAAUUGGUACUUACCUGGAACCGAACCUGUGACACCCUCCAAUAUUCUGUUGAGCUACCUGCGCUGCAAGAAACUGUAAAGAAAAAAAAAUUGUGGGUUUCUGGAAUUGGAUGGGAUGAAGAAGUUUCAUAUGAAAAAAAUAAUAAGGAUGGUUUACUUACUGACAUCAGCUAA